UUUGCUCCCUUCUCGACACCGAGGACUAUGCAAGCCAGCACCCCCCCCUCCACCUUUUUCACAGUACUGCCGCCAUGUUCUUCUGAGUCAGGAUGACAGACUGGCAGAAGAGAGAGUCAGGAACAAAGUCUGUGACUAAAAACGAUGGUUUAACUCUGGUUUUCGGAGUAUGACCGAGAGAUUUUAAAUCCACGGAACGUUUAGAACGGCGGAGGGUUUCCGAUUUAUUUUUUGAAACUGAGGAUUUGUUCCGAUUUACAGCGAGAUCGGUAUGUCGGUAUGUCCGAAUGUUAACAGCGCGAUUUAUUUGGUUUUCCAAUGGCGUAGGGACCUUCUAUAAAGGCAGAUCUUUCUACAUAUUUGUUGUCAAUGGGGUCCCUCCGAUCAAAUCAAUAACCACAUCCAGCCUGUUUUGAAAAACCUGCCUUUUAACGGAGAAAAUACACAAUAAUAAAUGUGAAUAAAUAGAACAACACAUUUCAACAUUCGUUCCUGAACGGAGAGUUGCGAUACCAACGGAAUUUAGUAGCUCGUUGUUUUGGACGUUUUAACUGUUUAUCGAAGACUCUUCAUUUGCAGUCUACGAGGUUUAAAAGACAACGAAAUAGUAUUUCCUUCCGUGAAGCCCUACUGUGGAUGGAUUCCAAGAUGACAGGCUCUACCCCCGCGGACAUGAUUAACCUACGUCUCAUCCUGGUCAGUGGGAAGACGAAAGAGUUCCUCUUCUCCCCCAACGACUCGGCCGCAGACAUCGCCAAACACGUUUACGACAACUGGCCAAUGGACUGGGAGGAGGAACAGGUUAGCAGUCCUAACAUCCUGAGGCUAAUCUACCAGGGCCGCUUUCUACAUGGAAACGUCACGCUAGGAGCUCUCAAAUUACCCUUGGGAAAAUCCACAGUGAUGCAUUUAGUUGCCAGAGAGACGUUACCUGAGCCAAACUCCCAAGGUCAGAGAAACAGAGAGAAGACAGGAGAGCGUAACUGCUGUGUCAUCCUGUAAAUACCCACCUCCCUCUUUAAUCACCCCCCCAUCCAUCCACCCCAUCACAGCCAUCCUGGAUCCAACCAACCUUUAAUCAUCCCCCCCAUCCAUCCACCCCAUCCAUCCACCCCAUCCAUCCACCCCAUCCAUCCACCCCAUCCAUCCCCCCCAUCACAGCCAUCCUGGAUCCAACCAACACACUGACUGUCCUGUCCUGCAGUCUCUCUAUCAUGCUGCCACACACACACACACACACACACACACACACACACACACACACACACACACACACACACACACACACACACACACACACACACACACACACACACACACACACACACACACACACACACACACACACAGGUCUCCUGUGUGUAGAGAGGUUUCCCCCUCUAUCACUUCUGUCCUUAAAUCUUCCACUAGUUCAUGGACUACUACUAACUAACUACUACUAACUAACUACUACUAACUAACUACUACUAACUAACUACUAACUACUACUAAACUCCUGUUCUAUUACCUCACCAAGGUCCCAACCAAUGACUGACUAACAAACACACAACAAACAAACAAACCAACGGCCAUAAUAACAUUUCGACUGUGUUUUGACAGUCAGUCCUAUCCUCCUCCUGUCAGAUCGCUCAUCCUCCCUGAACGAGGGGAAAGAAAGACAGAAUAUCCCUCCGUCUUCCCUUUUCUCCCUGAACGAGGGGAAAGACAGACAGAAUAUCCCUCCGUCUUCCCUUUUCUCCCUGAACGAGGGGAAAGACAGACAGAAUAUCCCUCCCUUCUCUCUUUUGGACGACCAAAGUGUAGGUUGCCAAUCAAAAACGCCUCUUUUAACCAUCGGGUAAAAUAAUAUGUUACUUGUGUAGAUAAAUCCUCAAAGAUAACCAAUAGUCCAGACCUCAUGUCUCUCUCACGAUCCUUUUCAAUGAUAUUGGAUAUUUUUUUUUUACCAUAGUAGGAUGGUCAGAAUUAGUGUGACUAAAAUCAACAGAGGCCAGAGAAACAAAAGGGGUAAAAAAAUAAAUCACGAAAAUGUCACAAAAUGGCGUCCGCUAGGCUAGAUGCUGUCUGACAAUGAAGGAUACCUGACAGGCUCACUUUUCCCCUUGAACUCAUCUUUUCUUUCCAAUCCGCAGGACAGAAAAACAAUAUAGAAGUAAGAUAGAUAUCGUUUUUUUUUUUUUAGACAUGACAUGUAGUAUUUUCAUAUUUUAGUGUACGCUUUUCAUAUUCAUUCAAAAUGUCUCUUCUUUAAAAAAAAAUAUAUUUUUCACAAAACCAAACGAGUCUCUGAAAUGUCAACCGAGCACUUGGGUGUAUACCAAGCUUUUUAUUUACUACUUUCAAAUCUUUUUUUUUUUUACAUUUAAUUCAGCUCGUGUCACGUCUAAUUUUGUUUUUUCUCGACCUGUAGAAACAACUUGGUAGACGACAACGACCACAACAUUUUAAAUCCUCAAAAGGGGCGGCAGGUAGUCUAGUGGUUAGAGUGUUGGGCCAGAAACCGAAAGGUUGCAAGUUCGAAUCCCUGAGCUGACAAGGUAAAAAAUCUGUCGUUCUGCCCCUGAACAAGGCAGUUAACCCACUGUUCCUAGGCCGUCAUUGAAAAUAAGAAUUUUUUCUUAACUGACUUGCCUGGUUAAAUAUAUAUAUAUAUCCAAUUUGUAAGUCGCUCUGGAUAAGAGCGUCUGCUAAAUGACUUAAAUGUAAAAGUUGUUACGAGAAACCUUGCAUCUCUAUGUCGACAGAGUCCUUAUUAUCGGAUGGAUUAGGCUACGAAAUCAGACUUUAAAAUAUAUAUAUAUCUAAUGAGCGAUUCAGAACAUGAAUAAUCAUAUUUGUCUUGGUAAAUUGUAUUUUAUAACAUAAGGAAGUGAAAUGGCAUGACCAAAGCGAAUUAGGACACUCUUCCUAGGGUAGUUAUCAGUCUUGAACUCUACGAUAAGGUAAAGAAAUCAAUCUGGAAUAAAGUCUCCUUUUCUUCCAAAUCUCCCUCCUCUCUUCUUCAGCCAUUUUUUUUUGCACUGUAAAAAGAAAAUGUUAUUCUAUUUUAUAUUUUUCCAAUGGGAAUAAUAUAAAAAAAUAUAUAUAAAAAUAAGUUACCAUAUGUGUAGAAUAUAUUUAAUAUGAAUGUUAUAUUGAACAAGUUGAGGCCUAUAGAUCCAGUAUGUUGAUACAGUAUCUUAGUGUCUGUGUGUACACCACGGGUUAGCUAGCUAGCUUUCUAGACAGUGGUUAAAACCGUUACCUUGGUGACAGGGUCUGCGUCCCGCCCCCCUCCCCUCCGAUUGGCUCCCGUUUUCCAUAUUACAGUGCACUACUUUCGACCGUGGCCCAUAGAACCUGUGAUAGGCUAGCGUCCUGUCCAGGGGGUGUACUUGUACAUCAAGCUACCUCACGCUCCUCCUGUCUUAUGGGCUUUUCUAGCUCAGACAAGGCUACUUACUGACAUAGGGGCCGGGGUCCAAAGUAGUGCACUAUUUAGGGGAAAUAAGGUGCCAAUUUAGGACGCAGACAAUGUAUUGUAUUUCAAGCAGCAGAACAGAACCAUCCUCCUAAUCAUUAACAUACAGAACUAUUGUAAACAUGUUAUACUGCUCUUUUGAUUGUCUGUUUUUUAAAUUUUUGUUUAAAAUGUUUUUUUUUUUCAACUGUUCAUAGUUUAAUAUAAUCCUAUAUAAUUUUAAUUUCGUUUUAUUUUUUUUUGCUUUCUUGCAGCACUAGGUCUUAAAGGAUUACAACCCAAACAUGGUAUCAUAUUUCCCCUGCAGAGUGCACUACUUUUGACCAGGACCUAUAUGGCUCUGGCCAAAAGUAGUGCACUUUGUAGGGUACGAUUUAGGACGUAGCCCAAAGACUAUAGUUUCUCUUGCUCAGUGAUCAGGGUUUCAAGCUUGUACAGUGAUAAUAUUAAAAAGCGUUUUUUUUCAAACGGAUUGUAAAUAACAGUAAUGCUUCUUCUCUCGUAACUUCACAAUGGAAUACAUCCAUCUUUCAACGAAAUAAAGAUGAUUGAAAGUG